UGACACUUUUUGUCUAAGUAAAUUGAAAACGAUGGCUUGUAAAAUAUUUCUUAAUCUGACAAACUCCUAAAGACAAGAUGUCUAAAAGGUUUACCAAGCAAAGUAUCGACUGGGCCCAACUUCAAAAGCUAGUACCGCCAGAUGAAAAGGGAAAAUUUCUAGCAUUUAAGGCAAAGGCAGAUGCUUAUCUCCGACGGGUGAACGCGAAUCCCCCUGAGCUACCUAAAAUAGACUGGAAAAAGUAUCAGUCCCUGGUGCCAGUAGCUGGAAUGGUAGAGAAGUUUCAGAAAGAGUACGAGGCUUAUAAGGUGCCUUAUCCUGAAGAUAAACUUUCAGCUACUAUUGACGAGCAAUGGAAAUCGCUGGAACCGCAGAUCAAGGCAUAUUGUGACGAAAGAGAACAUGAUAUAAAGGAAGCAUCUAAGGUAUUGGAUGCUAUGAAAAAGUUGCCAACGUUUGAAGAAAUGACAAUGGAAUCGUUGUACGACUUGUAUCCAGAGCAAGCGCUAGAUCCGGUGAAAAGGCCAACAUUUUGGCCUCACGACGAAGAAAGCCAGCUCGGAUAUGUAAUCAAGCAAAAAGUGACGAAGUAGUGUCAAUAAAUUGUAAUAUUAUUCCUUUUUAAAUAUUUUCUAAUGCUGUAUAGGUACAGUACGUACGCAUUAUCAAUAAAUAGAUGUUUACGUUUGAAUAUUAAAUGUAUU